CCGGCCCCCAGCAUCCAGCGGGGCCAUCCUUCUGCUGCUGGAUUUUUCCAGCCGGAGCAUCCUGCCGGCUCUGCCGUGAUUUAUGGAAAGCGGUUUCUGACGCGGGGCUUUUUCUAUUACGACACGGACCCACGGACUGGAGGAGGCAAAGCUGCAGUCAGGGCAGGAGAAGUGAGGGAGGGGAAGAGGCGGGAGCAGAGGGAUACGGAGGAGUGGAGAGGACAGAGGGAGAAGCAGGCACCGAGACACUUCAGAGAUGGGUGAGUUAUAACUAAGAGAGCAGGAGGAAAGGCAGAGAAAGGAAGAGAAGGAGAGCCGUGAGGAAGAGAAAGGGAAAGGAGAUCAGAGACUGAGUCAGCUUCCAGAGGGCAAACACCAGGAGACGAGUUCAGGGAACACCCCAGCACACCAAGAAGGACCUGUUCUGUCUGAAUCUUCACGAUGAGCACAAGGAAGAGCUGCCCCCUGCCUCUGGGGCAAGGAGACCAGGAGGAGAAGCAGAGCGAGGGUACUCCCGACCUGGAGCGACAGGAGUGUGAGGUGGAGCUGAGGAACAAAGCUAUUCUGCAACAGAAGAGGCGCCUCAAACAGGCCACCCAGUUUGUGCACAAGGACUCUGCUGAUCUGCUGCCCCUGGACGGCUUGACAAGGCUUGGCACCUCCAAGGAUCUGCAGCCUCAUAGUGUGGUCCAGCGGCGCCUCUUGGAAGGCAACCUGAACAAGCUGCGGGGCGAGGCCAGGGGUCAGUCUGCACGAGUUCAAUCUCCGCUGGCAAAAGACCAGGAUGAAAAGAUGGAAAAGGGAGAGGACAGGAGAAAAGAGACUUCACCCCUGCUAAUACAGUGCCAGUGCCAAGGUCAGGUAUUGAAAGCGACUGUUAACACUGGGUGUCUACCAAACCUCAUCUCCAAGAGGUGUUUAAACCAGCUGGGGCUGGAAGAAGUGUCUGCCAUGGACUGUGGAGACCUCUCUCUUCCCAUCCCCAGCGCUGUUGGCCGAGUAGAACAUUUGGAAUUGCAAUUUGGCCAGGAGACAGUGCUGUGCUCAGCACUGGUUGUAGAUGAUGAAAUGCUGGAGUUUUGCAUUGGCCUUCAGACUCUGUUGGCUCUCAAGUGUUGCAUCGACUUGGAGGAAGGAGUCCUGAGAUUUAAAGCACUGAGUGAGGAGCUGCCUUUUCUACAUGCCUCUGAAGAGCCUGCUCUGAAAUCAGCUCCAGGGCAGAAGACAUGCUCCUCACCUUCCUCCUUCAGUUGGACACACAGAUCCACUCAGUAGAAGUCUCUUUUGUCCAGA